CACCACCACCAUCACCACAAAGCAUUCAUUCAUCAGGUUCAUUGUUUGGGAGAUCAUUAUCAAGAAGGUAGGUGCCGGCCGGCAGCCAUGGAGAGGGCCAUGAACCGCACCUACGAGGAGUACACCCCCGUCGUCGAGUGGAGCCACUCCGCCGACGCCAGCUUCGUCAAGAUCAUCGUCCCAGGGUUCAAGCGGGAGGAGAUCCGGGUGCUGGUGGACAACCACGGGCACCUGCGCACGCGCGGCGAGCGGCCGGUGGAGGGCGGCCGGUGGAGCCGCUUCCAGAAGGAUCUGCAGCUCCCCUCCGACUGCAACGUCGACGGCAUCCGCGCCAAGUUCGAGAACGAGGCGCUCACCAUCACGCUCCCCAAGAAGCACCCUUCGCCUCAGCAGGCCGCGCCGGUGCCGGUGCCGGUGCCCGAGCCCAGGAGACCCUACGCCGCGCCGUCGCAGAAGCCGCCGCCGGCGCUCCCCGAGCCCGCCAAGCCCCCCGUCGUCCCUUCACAGAAGCCCUUUCCCGACCGCAGGCCGUCGCUGCCACGCAAGCCGGCGGACGUUCCCGCGCCGGCAAGGCAGGCGCCUCCCGUGCCGGCGCCGGCGGCGGAGCUGGAGGAGUCCCCGGAGAAGCACGACGGAGCCACGAGGCCCGAGCUGCCCGCGUUCCCGAAGCCCACGGGGGAGUGGGUGAGGGAGGAGGAGGCCAAGAAGGAGAGGCCGCGGGAGGAGGCCAUGGCGAGGACGCUGCGGGAGGCGGCCGAGGAGGAGGAGGAGAGGCGGCGGAUGGAGAGGGAGGCGAGAGGGAAGGCGGAGGAGGACAGGAAGGUGGCGGAGGAGAUGAGGAAGGCGGACGGGGACACGGAGAGGAUGAUGGACAUGGCGCGGCGGAGGAGGCCCGCGCCCGCCAACCGCGGGCUGCUGGUGAACGUGGCCGUGGCGGCGCUGGUGCUCGUCGGGAUCACCGUGUACGUGUGGCGCAACCUCAGCGCCGCUGCCGGUGCCGGAACCGGGAGCUACGGCGACGAGAUGUGAUCCGGCCGGCCGGGCAUGCAGCAGCUGGGGUGCGAAGUAUUCGAGGCGUGAGACGAUCGACUGGGUGAAGAAAGUUCAUACGUACUCAAGUAAAAUGCAAGUAUACCUGUACUGUAUAUGUAUUAUGGUUUGCUACAGAUUACAAAGACAUGGUUGGUUGAUCAACUUAUAAUGAAAUAAAAUAUGCACCGAUGCAAGGGCCUUCAAC